CACCAUCUCAGCAGCAUAUACUUCCUCGCCUCCUCUACUUUGAAAUGGUCCACCUCGUCACCUCAGAUAACGAAUCUUUCUCCACAGAGAAGGACAUCGUCGAGCGCAGCGUGCUCAUCAAGAACAUGCUUGAAGAUGUCGGUGAAUCAGACCAGCCCAUUCCACUGCCCAAUGUUUCAUCGAGCGUUUUGAAGAAGGUACUUGAAUAUUGUGAACAUCAUCGGGGCGAGCCCCUUCCUGCUGCCGACGCCGACCAAAGUCAAGACGACACACGCAAGCGCACGACCGACAUCAGCGAAUGGGAUCAGAAAUUCAUCACUGUGGACCAGGAAAUGUUGUUCGAAAUCAUCCUUGCGGCAAAUUACCUCGACAUCAAAUCUUUACUUGAUGUCGGAUGCAAGACGGUGGCCAACAUGAUCAAGGGCAAGACCCCGGAGGAAAUCCGCAAAUUGUUCAACAUUGUCAACGACUUUACACCGGAAGAGGAAGCUCAAAUCAAGAAGGAGAACGAAUGGGCUGAGGACCGAUGAUGGAUUGACCUUGUAUCCUUGUAGUAGAUUUGCAUACUGUGUUGUUGUCGUCGAACUGUAUUUUCUUUUCAAAAACAUAUGUCUCUUUUUUUUCUUC